UAUUUACAUUUGUACACGUAUCUUACACAGUAAAUGAAGACGCUGUUUGUGAUGUUAACAGGAAACAGAGUUGUUUCCAAACCAAAGUGUUAUUUCGUUCCCGAGUUGUACAGCAUGUGUAAAAAUAGGUUUCUGGUAAAACAGAUCUAAUGCAAAACGGUGUAAGCUCACCCUUUGAAAGCGAUAACAGAAUAUAUAGCUGCAGAAUCAUCAAUACUCUUGACACCUACUGUCUGUUGGUGCUGCUCAGGGUUUACCUUCCUUUUCUGUAUACCCUGGUAGUUAAUGCGAGAGCAAUAGGAUUCAUCUAACUGGCAGUUAAAGCAGACUUUCCAAGAUGAGAAAGUCAUUCCGCAAAGCUGAGAUGGCCGUGUUGCUCCUGGUGGCUCUGCUGUGCCUGGUGUUUAUGUUCUUCAACGGGACGGACAACAACCAGCUGUUAAGGGAGGUGGAGAGGUCUCUUCCUGGAACAGAGCGGCCCUUUGAGAGCCAACACCCUUCCCUCGUGGGACAGCCAGUGCCUGACUGCAAGGAGAACGUCUCUGCAGCCAACAUCUCAGGGUUCUCCGGGCUUCCACGACACAUCCAGGACUUUCUCCGGUAUCGGCACUGCCGGAAGUUUCCUCUUAUGCUGGACGUCCCUGAGAAGUGUGGCAAGACAGCCCAAGAUUCGGCUGACGUCUUCCUGCUGCUGGUGAUCAAGAGCUCCCCUCCGAACUACGACAGGAGGGAGGUCAUCCGCAAGACCUGGGGCACGGAACGGAGGCAAAACGGGGUCUGGAUUCGCCGGGUCUUUAUUUUUGGAAACACAGAAAACCCCAGGGAUGCUCGCCGGAUGAACCGUCUCCUGGAGCUGGAGCAAAAGGAGCACCACGACAUCCUGCAGUGGGACUUCAAGGACUCGUUCUUCAACCUCACCCUCAAGCAGGUGCUGUUCCUGGAGUGGAUGGAGGUGCGGUGCCCCCACGUCCGCUUCCUCCUCAACGGGGAUGACGAUAUCUUCGCCAAUACAGACAACAUGGUGGAGUAUCUGCAAGGCCAGGAGGGCAACAACGGGAGCAAGCAUCUCUUUGCAGGGCACCUGAUCCGGUGGGUGGGACCCAUCAGGGAUAUCGGAAGUAAAUAUUACAUACCGGUUCAAGUGCAAGAGUCCAACUCCUACCCUCCUUAUUGUGGCGGGGGUGGGUUUCUGCUGUCCGGAUUCACUGCCAGGACCAUCUACAAAAUGUCCCUCAAUAUCACCUUGCUGCCCAUUGACGACGUCUACAUGGGCAUGUGCCUGAAACAGGCAGGACUGGAACCCGUGUCGCACAUGGGGGUCAGGACUGCAGGGAUGCACGUUCCCUCCAAGCAGUUAGACCCUUACAACCCUUGCUAUUACCGUGAGAUUCUGUUAGUGCACCGUUUUUUGCCUUACGAGAUCCUAAUCAUGUGGCAUGAAAUCCAUGACCCCCAACUUUACUGUAACAUUGGCCUCUAGGUGGCAGGCUGACCACGGCAUUGCACUGAAGCAUCAGUAGCCUUUCCCUUAUGACACAUUGCUUUAACCUCAAGAAUUAAUUGGGUGAUUUUUCAGGGUCUGUCACUAACCAAUCAGCUGUUUCCCCUAUUGACUGACAUGCUUUCCAACCAGAAAGAUACUUUGAGCCCACAGACGCUAUUUGAAACAAAUUGGGAAGUGCAAGGAUAAGCCAUUUCCUGGAAGACAAGGAGGGAGAGCUGACAGCUUGUUUUUACAGAGUGUGGUGCUACAUAUCAUUAUGUCUACGCGGUCGCGCAGACAUAGUUAAGGUUUGAUCGAAGGCUGUGUUUAAAGUCGAUUUAUAUUUACAUGUUUUCUGGAAAAGUUUUAUGAACUUAUUUUGUUCCGCACCUCUAACGGGGAAAUUAAAAGCGCAGUGUCCCAAGCAGUUUUGAGAAUUUUUUUUUUUUUAUCUUUGUAAGCCUGUGUUGAAAAUAUCAGAUGUCUUUUUGCAUUAUGAGUGAGGGAAGCAGGGAAGUGGGUGGAGUGGGUUGGGGUUGGUUGGUUGGGUUGGGUUGGGAUUUUAACUUGCAUAGUCUCUGAUCCUGCAGUUAUCAUUUCUAACCUUCUGUUGAUAUCAGGAGCUAUCUAUCCUACCAUACAAGCAGUUUGUAAGCGUGUGUCUCUAUUGCUAAAACCUGGGCAAUAUAAACAAACUAGUCGGUCAUGAGCUUGACCAGUUAACACCAAGCGUGUCUCAAACUGCAUUGCAAUGGGAAUUCCAUGUUUAAUUAUACAAAAAAAAUAGGUUUGCUCUUGCACUGUUUUGUAAUAUUGUUAAAGCUAUGAAGCAGUGUAGUGUGUGAAUUGAACUUUGAAACAGCUAGUAUCACGACUGUAGUAUGAUGCUGUUGACUGUACUUGGACAAUUGUGUAACGUGUGAUUACUUCUUUCUCAGGGAGAGUGGGGGGUGUGCAGGGUAUUCUGAAUUUGUGUUGGUGAUUUAUUAAACUGUAAUGCUACA